AUGGCUCUAAUCAUGCCGCAAUGUCAGGCUCUUAGAGCUCCUGACAAGCAGCGUGUUGCACGGCAGAAGCUACUCACGCUAACCAGCUCUUCUGUUACUUACAUUCACGACAAGCUCACGGCUUCUUAUCUCGCUGAGCAGAACAUCCCUCUUGCCAACGAUGACUUCGGCAACAUCACCGAAAAGGAAAACAUUGAGGAAGUCCUCAACCACCUACUCACAAAAUAUCAGACCCUCAGCCGUGUAAUUGAAGCCCGCAAACAACACCAUAUGCGCUUCUACUCCAUAUCUUAUGAUUAUGGCCACCAAGCCUAUCUUGACAAACUCAUCAGCACACGACACAUUGUCCUACGCGCUCUUGAACGUGCGCAGAAGCGAUUCAUGGCGAUCCAUUAUGAGAACGAGCAGUGGUACUCGUGGGUCAAGAAUGCGCAGGAUGAGGAGGAAAAUCGCGACAAGGAGCAGAAGAAGAUCAGACAGGAAGCCCAGUUGUUCCAGAGACACAUGAAGCAGCUUGAGGCGAGGUUGGAGUACAUGAGGAAGAAGGAAGAGCAGAAGAUUCAGGAUGCGUUUCUGGGUGAGGCGUACAAGGAGAGGAUGGCGCAGAGUGAAGAUGAUGACGAGGCGUGGGAUCCUAUUGAGGAUAUGGAGGAUGAUAAAAUGAACCAGUACAUCGAUCUCAUCAAGCAUUUCCUCUGGAUGCCGAUCGAUAUCAAGGAACCAACUUCGACUGCCGAGGUAUCAUCGGAGACACCCGCGAAAGCAUCUUUUUCUGCAACCUCCUCGGAGCCCAAGGCUCCAGCCCCUGCUGCUUCGGCGAAAACGCUGAAAAAUAAGAAGAAGAAAGGGAAGGCCAAGAGCAAUGCCAACAGGGCUCCCGAUUUCGAGGACUCGCUGGUUGGCCAGCUGAAGCUCCUAGCUAUGCAACACAGAGCCGAGGAAGCCGAACAAACGGAACUGCAAGAGCCGGACAAGAACAACAUUGAGACGGAAGAGGAAAUGAGUAAGCGUUUGAGUGAAGGUGUCAAGAAGAACCUCGACAACCUCUCUGGUAUGCAAAUCGUUGGUACCCUUGAAAAUCCUCAUGAGACGUGGGAUAAGACUGCGCCUCUGCCUAAGGGCGAGAUCGAUUCUCUUAUCCGCGAUAUUCGAGAGAUUAAGCUGUUCCUCUUCUGUUACCUGCGAGAUCUCUGUCUCAAGGUCGCGGAACCUACUCUUCAGAACAUCAGAGACGCAUGUGCUGAUUUCGCUCGCGGCGACAACCCUGAUGAGAAAAUUCUUAUCGAGGAUGAUGAUGACGAUGAUGACGAGACUAUGGCGGACAUCAUGAGAGCAGACAGACGCUAUCAUCAUCUUCAUACCGAUGACUGGUUUACGGAUCGAGUGUCACGCUACGGCGAUAAGAAGAAGAGGAAGUACAGGAAGUCAAAGUCCAAAUCCAAAGUCACGAUCUGUGGAAAGAGUAUUUGGGACCAUGCCAGCGAAAAUGCCAUGUCGAGAGACGGAUGGCUUCAGUUCUCCAUUAUGGCCAAGGACUGUGACAUCAAACAUGCAAUCCAACUCUCCAGAAACUGGAAUGAAUUCUCUGAUCUGAACUUGCUGUCGAUCUGGCAUUACUUUCCUGCGUCGGAUUGGACUGCUUGGGGUAUGGAUCGUUUCAUGCAACAGCUUCAACAGCUUGUCUUCUUCCCUUACUUCACCGAUUUUGAAGCUGAAUCUCGCACACACCAUGAUCAAGUCGGUGGCCGUGGUACACAGCGUCGUGCGCACAGUUUGCUUGAGGCGAGGAAUAUUAUGGUGGGAAACAUGAAGAGAAAUGAUCCUGUUACCAGGCGCUUUAUUCAGUAUCUUCUCAUGCGAGCGGGUGAAGUGCUUGUUAUGGUGAGAGAUGGUAAGACUGGUCGUGUCAUUACUGCACCUCCAAAGGAUGAGCUCUGGACCCUCAGACGCAAACAAGGUAUUGGCAGGGCAGCCAAGAACGAAUGGAAGGAUCUUUUGUCCGCUGGGCCUGAGUUUAUGAAAUUGACUGAUGUGCUCCGUGAAUGGCGUUUUGGAUUCACGGAUUACUACGAUGUCUUUAUCUGGGACUUUGUGCCGGGACAAUCACACGUGGAUAUGUGCAACACUGUCCUCCUUGAACUUCGCAAUGUCCUGCGCAUCAGACAGCCCCAGGACAUGUAUAAACACACGGAACCACUACUUCGCAACCUCCACCGCGAUGUGGAUACAGGUUACACUCGUGACAUCAAGCCUGGUGAGAACGUACGGAGCCUCUGGGAUACUGUUUCUCAUGAAGCCUCCUCGUUCAAACUCUUCGACAUAUGUGACAAGGAGAUCACUACCAGAGAUGAGUCCGAAAUAGAAUCCUCACCGUAUCUGUUCUACAACAAAGCAAAUGAACUCGAAGAAGUAAUUCUCUUCCCCGAUGAACUCACUUCCAACAAGACGAGCGUUGCUUUCCGAGAGAUCAGGAAUGGUGUAGCUGAUAUCGAGAGUGGUGUUUUACCCAGCAAUGCAAGGAACAUGACCAAGGGCCUUGAUGCUAUUAACGCAGGCAAAGAUCCGUAUAAGGCCCUGCGUGAGGCGAAGGAUCAUGAAGAGAUCACCAUUUGGGGAGUGCCGCAUAUUUUGCAGACCGGCCUCGUGGCGGCGAGGAAGGAGAAGCCAGAUGCUGCGCAGAAGGUGUUGCUUGAGAAGACGGGACUGACGAGGUCGCACAAGAGCUCGAAUUUUGAUAAGAGGAUGGACUCUUCUGACCCGAUGGAGAACAUGGAGAGAGAUCGAUCUUUCAGUUUCAAAGAAUCUCUACAUGCUGGUGAUCUGGAACCAGGAUACAAGGAGAAGUGCACCAUGUUGCAAGAUCGUCUUAGCGCAAUGCUUCAACAAACACAUGUUGGAGCAACCACUUGGGUCUGGCACAUCGCUUCCAUCCUUGACUGGCUGGAACUUCGCGCCGACUACGAUCCCUUCGACUACUCGCACGAUCCCCAAGCUCCUUGGCCAAAUAGUUUCAUUGUGCAAGACAUGGUGCAGGCCUUCGCCAUGAUGGCUAUGUUCUUCCCCAAUUUGGAAGUCACAAAGCUUGUCACGAUGUUUGUCAGCUCAGACUCGUGCGAGGAAUUUCGCAAGAGCGGGAUUUUCGACGUCAAGGAACGAAGCAAGGUCAGGCCUGAUCGUCGAACCAGAACGAGUUACAAGUUCCGCCCGAAGGAAUUCUGGAAAGAGUGGAAAGGGUUUUAUGACAAGGAUACAGACCGUUUCUGGGCUGAAGUAUAUCCCAUGGAAUGGAGUCUCGCCGUGAGACCCAUUGUCGCUCAACUGUACAAAGCUGGUGUUAUAGGUCCAGCCAAUCUUCAACCUAAUUCCGAGGUUGUUAGUGGCAUGGUGACAGCCAGCAAGGAACCUCAUCGUCCUGACAAACUCGACCUGUUUGUCAACUACGAAGACCAAUACGGAAACUUCAAUCAAAGGUUCCCACCGUCCUAUGUCCCACCUUCAUCAUGGCCGCAUGUCCUUCCUCGCGCAAAGUCUUUCGCUGCCAAACACCCUGACGCUCGCUUUGCAUUGCUUCGUCUCUGGUCAGCACCUCACUACUAUCCUCUUAUGGUUGGCCCCAUGAACCGCGGAAUGACAAGUUUCCUCGACAGUUUGAACCGUUCAUGGGAAUUUAAGUUCGUGCCGAAGGACAUGCCUGGUAGUGAGUUCAGCAUCCAUCAUAGCACGGAGCUACGAUUGAAUAUUCUUAAAAAGAAGUUUGGGGACAAGGUUAUGAAUCGUGGUGAUCUGAUUUUGGUUAUGGGUGAUGAUGAGAAGGAUCUGUUCAAGUUCGUACGGCGGUUAUGUUUGCCCUCCAGACGAAGCCUUGGUUGA